CACCAGCUGGCGGUGGCGUCUACAGCUUCAUUUUUUUUUUCCUCAGGGGUGGUGGCCGCUGCCGACUGUUUUGCUUCCUAGCUUUCCAGACCAGUCUCACGAAAGCAUGGGAAUGUCGGAAGGGAAUUUCUGAGCAAACUUGCGUUAAAAGUGUCGAAUACUUCACCCUAAGUUUCCCGCCGCCCCGCAAGAAGUUCAACGCACCGGGGAGCUCCGCCGUAACGAAAGAGGGCCGGCACAGAGACGCUUUUUGGUGCCGUUUCGCCAGCGAGCAAAUCCGGACAAAGGAAAAAAAAAGAGACUUGAGCUAACGUUAGCUGCCUCCCGGGCUAACUUAGCAUUCCUGUAUCUGCGUCGCAAUGCAGGCCAUAAAGUGUGUUGUGGUCGGAGACGGAGCUGUGGGUAAGACCUGUCUGCUCAUCAGCUACACCACCAAUGCCUUUCCUGGAGAGUACAUCCCGACAGUGUUCGAUAACUACUCCGCCAAUGUCAUGGUGGACGGGAAGCCGGUGAACCUGGGCCUCUGGGAUACAGCAGGACAAGAAGACUACGACAGACUCCGCCCACUUUCCUACCCACAGACGGAUGUGUUCCUCAUCUGCUUUUCUCUUGUGAGCCCUGCCUCAUUUGAAAAUGUCCGUGCGAAGUGGUAUCCUGAGGUGAGACACCACUGUCCCAACACUCCCAUCAUACUCGUGGGCACCAAGCUGGAUCUGAGAGAUGACAAGGACACUAUGGAAAAGCUGAAAGAGAAGAAACUGUCCCCCAUCACCUACCCCCAAGGACUGGCCAUGGCCAAAGAGAUCGGUUCCGUCAAGUACUUGGAGUGCUCAGCCCUGACUCAGCGCGGCCUUAAAACGGUGUUCGACGAGGCCAUCCGGGCCGUCCUGUGCCCUCCGCCCGUCAAGAAGAAGGGGAGGAAGUGCUCCCUCCUCUAAGACUUUCUCCGCUGUUUCAGGGGAACAUAACUGCUAGUGGUGAGGGUGGCUAAAGACACAAGAGAAACACACCAGUAUACACGAAACACAAAAACCAUGUACUUCAGAUUCUGUCCUUCCCAUGUGUAGCUACAACAGUUAUACCUACCAUUUACUUUGAAAAACAAAAUGAGCAUAGGGUCAAAUUUAGGAGAACAGGAUGGACUAUUAUAGACCAUAGUUCUUUUCUAACAAUGUAUUCUGUGUAGUCUUUGAAUUUCUCGAGGCCUUCUAAAAUCGAUUGGAUGUUUGUAAAGCAGACCGUGGAAUGUCUUCAGUGUAUUCCUCCACUGGUUGUCCACCUUUUAUGUUUCGUUUUUUUUUUUUUUUGUUUACAGCAUUGAGUGGAAGAAAUAUUGCCAAAAACAUUCUGCGCGCAUUCUGCGUUUUAGCUGAAAACAGAAAAACCCAUUUGUCCUGUCGUCUCAAACCUUUAAAAACGCAGGUGACGGUUUCGCCGAGGUGACGCGAGGUCGCUUAAACGGAGGCGGACGCGUCGCCGCCGAGUUAAAAAAAAAGCAACCGCCCGUGCUAGUUCUUGUUGCCUGAAAUGUACCGUAGCCUCUUCGCCAGCAGUUUCAGCCCUAGUACGAUUCACGUCGGUCCAUCGUCAACGGAUUGAACGAUGCCUGAAAAAAAAAAAAAAAAAAAAAAAAAUCAGACUGGGAAAAGGUUUGCUAACACCAACAGUGCUAUUAACCCUUAAAAAUCUUAAGAGAUCCAGUAUUUUAUGCAUUUGGCUCCAAUCGGACCUGUCAAGUUUAUGGUAUUUUUAUUUUUUUUUCUUUCUUCUCUAUAUCUUCAAUAUUUCCCUACGAGUGUCUGAACCCUAUAGCUACCCAGAAGUUCAAAUCUGAAAACUUGACUACAUAUUGGAUUAAAAAUGUCCAGGUGUUUUGGUGACGGGGAACAAGAGAAACCUUCGAUGCUCUGUGGGCAUUUCUGAGAAAUCUUUUGUGCAGCACAUUUGAUUAUUAUUCGCAUCACUACUGGCUGAGCAGCCUCACUAAGGAGAGCGUCGUGCUUGCUAAUAACAGUAACAAAGCUGCCGUCAGUCCUGGUGUGAUACAGUGUACUCCUCUUUUUGUUCUAAUCAUGUUAUUUGACUCUUUUGUAUCAUUCUUCUCAGAAGUAACACACUCACUGUAUUGUUAAACUAACACUAUGAAUAUCCCUUUUGUUUUAUUACCUCUACAGUUAAUGCUACCUUAAUCUCCCUACAAGCCUAGCUUUUUGUAAUUAAUGCUGAUAGCAUGUAUGUGCAUCAUAUACUGAAAACUAAAAUUAGAAUUGCUACAGCUAUAUUUUUACAAAAUGUAUUUGAACAGUUAAGUACAUGUUGCUCAUCUGUAUUGUAUUCAGACAUCAAGCUGUGCUUUACUUCAAGCCAAUGUUGUGACUCCUUAGUUUUAUGGGUAAAAAGCUAUUGUCACUUUUUUGAAAAAGCCAAUAAAUUCCUGUAAAACAGAA